AUGUAUAGUCGCGUAGGCCAGCUAAUCCGACACCUAAGCCGUCCUCUCCCUAACUACGCCCAUAGCUCUGCCGCUGCGUUUCCCCCUUCAGCGCAGGUUCCGCCGUCAAUGACAUCAUCAGCCUCGUCCGCGAAGGCGCGGGAAAACAGCAAGAAGACGAUAUGCACGGCAGCAUGUCUGAUCAUUGGUGAUGAAGUGCUAGGGGGUAAGACCGUUGAUACGAACUCCCCGCACUUUGCGGAAUACUGCUUUUCCCUCGGCAUACAAUUGAAGAGAGUGGAAGUUAUCGCAGAUGAGGAGAGCGAGAUUAUCGAAGCCGUACGACGGAUGAGCGAGAAAUAUGACUUUGUCGUGACCAGCGGAGGCAUUGGGCCAACCCAUGACGAUAUAACCUACCAGUCGAUAGCUCGAGCCUUUAACCUCCCUCUCGUACUUCACGAAGAGGCCAUGAAGCGUAUGCGCCAACUGUCCAAGCCUCAACAGGCCGGCCCAAAUUUCGAUUGGGAUACGCCCUCCGACGCCCUGACUGCACGACAACGCAUGGUCCAACUCCCUACGGAUAAAAACCUCCCUCUCGAAGACCAGGCUCUCUUCAUCGAUGAUGAUCUCUGGGCGCCUAUCACCGUGGUAAACGGCAACGUCUACACUCUACCGGGAGUCCCAUCGUUGUUCAAGAGACUACUGGCCGGUCUUAAACCGAUAUUAUUGCCUCGCCUACUCGACCCCGAAGGGAAAGGGUUGCAUAGGAUAUUGAUUUCUACACCGCUGGUUGAGAGUUCGGUUGCGGCAUAUUUGACCGACUUGUCUGCGCGAGUUGAGCCAAAGGGCGUGAAGGUUGGAAGUUAUCCGAGAUGGGGGAAGAGGAGGAAUACCGUCACCCUGGUGGGUGCAGAUCUAGAAUUCCUGGAGAGUCUGGUGCCGGAAGUUGAGAAGAAUGUUGAAGGUAGAAGGGUACAGAGGGAAGACGAGGAUGAUCCGUCUGAUGUCGAGGAAGAAACGAUAUAG